AUGGCUGUCCCUGCACAACAAUCAGCUACAGUUCUUACCAUCUGGCGCGUUCCGUCUUCUCACUCGUCUGGAGUUUCUCGGUUUGUCUGCAAAUUCAAUCGAGUCCUUCCACAAGACAGCGAUGGCAGGAUUGGACCAAUUGAACGAGUUGGACCUGUCAUCAAACUCUCUGGCUGUGUGUUUAGAGGACAAUGCUAUGCUGUACAACACUUCCAUGCCAUUCUUGAAAUCGCUGAAGUUUCGGAAUAA